AGCGGCGGCGGUGGGGCUUCCGGUGCGCGGGGACAAGGGUUGGGUCCGCAGGCUUCGGUCCCCAUACGUACGCGGGUGGCUUCUUCUCUUCGAACUUGGGGGACGUCAGCCCACCCGCGUGCUGCCCGGGGUCAGCGCUGAGCGGUUCCUCGGGAAGCCCUGGAUCCGGCCAGGCACCCCAUUCUACCCUUCCCUCCUCCACUUCCACUGCCCCGACCCCGCUCACCCGCUUGCACUAUCUAAUAACGUCCCUUCCUCUCCACCAGCCUUAAUUUCCUUUGGCUACUGUUAUCCAUUCUGGCUUGCCUGACUCUGGCGUCGUUUUAUAGACCUUCAUUUUUAUAUUUUUCUUAUGGUAAAAUGCUCCUUUACAGACGUUUUUUAAAGUGCCCCCGUUGUCCUCCUGAAAUGAGUCUGGUGCUCAGAAACCUGCAGCGAGCUAUCCCCCUCCGGAGAGUGCCGCUCCGCCAGAGGAUGGAGAUAGUCAGGAGUAUUUUAGGAGUCCAGAAAUUCGACCUGGGGAUCAUCUGUGUUGACAACAAGAGUAUUCAGCACAUCAACAGGAUCUACAGAGAGAAAAAUAUCCCAACUGAUGUGCUUUCUUUUCCAUUUCAUGAGAAUCUGAAAGCAGGUGAAAUUCCCCAGCCUGAUUUUCCAGAUGACUAUAAUCUGGGGGACAUUUUCCUAGGAGUGGAGUAUAUCUUCCAGCAAUGCAAAGAAAAUGAAGAUUACUAUGACAUCCUGACUGUGACUGCCACUCAUGGGCUCUGUCAUCUACUGGGCUUCACACAUAACACAGAGGCCACGUGGCAGAAGAUGUACCAGAAGGAGAAGCAGGUUCUCGAGGAGCUUAGCCGGCGCACGGGGGCCAGGCUCCAGCCCCUGAGCAGGGACCUCUUCUGAUGAGCACAGCCCACGACACAGCCACCCAGGAGGAUGAAACAAGCGGCCUGGGGGCAUAUAUGUGGGAGCAGAUGGUGGAGGGGACAGGCACCUAGCCAGCCAGUCGGGGCCCCCAUCACCUGAACCUGUCAGGUCAGGAUCUUGACCACAACACAGGGAGUUCCAAGAGGUCACGGCGGUAACACAGCCUCUCCGAUCCUUUUCGGCCCUAACAACUAGGGAUGCUGCAAUUCUGAGAACUUGGUUUCCCCUAUGAGUCUAUGUAAGAAACAUGAAAACCAGUGUGUUAGAAACACAUUUCCCACUGGAUUUGUGUCCUGUCUCAGUCUGCACUUCCCCCAGCUCUCGGGGAUUAGGGCUUGAGCCUUUGACAUUCCUGAGUCACCGUUGGCUGCGCAUGGCCCGCUUGUAAUCACAAAGCUCUUGGCUCUGAAAUCCUUUUUAAGAGACUGAAGGGGUCCUGAGACCUGCUGGUCUUGUCCCUCCAUGUGCCUUCAUCAGCACCAGGUACCCCCAAGAGGCUUUCCACGUGACUCCCAUGUGACCCCAUGUGAUUCCCCCUGCUCAGGAGGUGUACUGAACUGAGUGUUUCCAGUUUACCAGAUUCCCCAAAGACAGUGGACUUGUCAGAUGCCUUCCCUCUGUUAAUAACGUGGAGAAAUAAAACCGAAGCCAUGUUAGAAAAAAUUCAUGUGAAAAUAGGAA